CCCCCCACCCCGCGCCGUGUCCAGAUCGAGCGCGCUAGGGUUUGCUCUGCCCCCCCUCGCCGCCUCCCCGCCGCCGCCGCCGAUGGCCCAGCGCUGGCGCUCGAGGGCGCGGCGGGACCCGGACCUGGACGACGACGACGAAGGCUCCCCGCCCUCCCGGCAGCCGCGCCGGGGCGGCGGCAGCGACGAGGACAACGACGACGAUGAGGGGAACGAGGACCUCAGCCUGGAGAUCCUCGCGCGCGCGCGGCGGAAGCGGCGCGGGGCGUCCGGCGGCAGCGGCAGGGUCCCCGGGUUCGCCCACCUGCUGUCGGUGUCCUCCGGCGACGAGGAGGCCGAUGAAGAUGCCGUGGUGGAGCUCGGCGAGGCGGAGGAGUCCCGGAGGAAGCAGAGGAAGAAGCAGCGGCGGAAGCAGAGGAAGAAGAAUCGGAAGGAGCCGGCCGAGGCUGCCGCGGCGGCCCCCGCCACCGGCCAGGAGGAAGAGAAGGAGGUUGGUGGCACCCAGGAGGGACCAAUUGGGACAGCAGAAUCGGUGCUAACUGAAGAUGGUGCUGAUGUCCCAGUUUCUGACAACAUGGUUCUGCGGAAGCUCCUUCGCAUACCAAGAUACUUUGAUCCUGGAGAAACAUUGUUGGAGACUUGCUUUAAUUGUAGCGAGGAAGGACAUGUGGCUGCAAACUGCCCAAUGGAAAAGCGGAAGAAACCUUGCUUUGUCUGUGGGAUGUUCGGGCACAAUGCAAAACAGUGCACGCAGGGUCAAGACUGUUUCAUCUGCAAAAAAGGAGGUCAUAUGGCGAAAGACUGCCCUGAUAAGCACAAGAGGAAUGAUCAUCAAUCCACUUUGUGUUUAAGAUGCGGAGAAAUAGGUCAUGAUAUGUUUGGAUGUACCAAUGAUUACCUGGCAGAUGAUAUUAAGCAAAUAAGAUGCUACAUGUGUAAUCAGAAUGGUCAUCUAUGCUGUUUCGACUUCUCUGACAAUAGCCCCAAACAAAUUAGCUGUUACAAUUGUGCCAAAUCUGGUCAUUCUGGUCUGGGGUGUGCCAAGCAACGCAGGGAAACUAGUGCUGUCAUAACUCCAACCCAAUGCUACAAAUGUGGGGAGGAAGGCCACUUCGCACGUGGCUGCACAAAGAAUGCCAAGUCCGAUCGGUCGAAAGGCAAGUCAUCAUCGCACAGUCAGAGAAAGGAAAAAUGGAAAAAAGAUUCCAGUGCUAGAUCGGCUCCUCAUGAUGCCCGUAAAACAAGUAAAAGGAAAAGCCCCCAUUUCGAGGAUAGAAUGGACACACCUCGGCAUAAAUCCAAAGCUAGGGGUGGUUGGACUGGUGGUGACGAUCUCGAGGAUCUACCGUUCAAGAAGUACAAAUCCAAAGAGUGGGGUUCUCCAUCUACACCCAAGAAGCCAUACACGAAUCACCAGUUCUCAUCUGGCGGUGACUACUUCACGCCUCAGUCCUCACGAAGGCACAACCAUGGUUUCGCAUCACCAAACUCGAAUUAUUCACCCAGCGCAAAGAAGCACGGGUUCUCAUCGUCAAGAUUCGCCACCAGCAACACCCAUCUCCGGUUCGAGAGAAGUUAGCUGGACGGAUGAGUCCAAUUUUGUUGUUCUUUAGCUUAAUUGAUUAUUAUUGUCCCCUGGGGAUGAACUCUGCCUGUUGGUUCAUUCCCUUCGAUAGCUGUUUGUCUUUUAAGAUUAUAUAUGUAUCAGGGUUCCAUUUUGUUGACUCUAAGCAAGCUCACUUGGCGUUGUGCUCCA